CCAUUUGGGCUGGAGGGUGAGCUGUUCGGGUGUGCACGGCUAGUUGUUGUUCCGGCCCCAGCGUCAACCAUGCCGUCGGGGAAGAUCAAGAAGUUCUUCGAGGACAAGGGCUUCGGCUUCAUCACUCCUGACGACGGUAGCGAUGACGUGUUUGUGCAUCGCAAAGUGCAUGGGGAUGGCCAAGAUCGUACCGCGUAUUUGGAAGAGGGCGAUUCCGUCACGUACGAGGUAGAGUGGGACGACCGCAAGGGCAAGUACUCAGCCUCGUCUUGCGACGGCCCCUGGAAGACAGGCGGCGGUGGUGGAGGCGGUGGUUGGGGCGGUGGCGGUGGAGGCGGCUGGGGCGGUGGAAAGGGCGGCUGGGGCGGUGGAGGCGGCUGGGGCGGUGGAAAAGGCGGUGGGAAAGGCUAUAGCGCCUGGUGA